AUGUUUGAAGACGAACUUGUGGAAACGUCAGACCUGGAGGAGUUGGAAGAGCUCGAAAAGCCGAAAACUUUGAAGUCAGAGUAUACAGCUAAUGGAGACAUUCGUCGGCGUGAGGACUCUUACUCUCCAAGGAAGCGCAUCAAGCUACACCACCAAUGGGAAGGACAGGGGGAAUUCGCCCACUCCCACUUCAGUUCCCCCUCUGCAUCUGUGUCCGGCGCGCCCAUUACUCCUUUGAAAUCCCAAUCAUCAACUACCAUCGGCAACAGCUCCCCUCUUUUUCUUGAACGAUCACCCACCCGUGUCGGGAACUCUCGAUCUCCGACCAACUCACCACUAGACAAAUUGGCAAGCUUCCCUUUAAGUCCUGCUUUCAAAGGAAACUCUCAGGAUCCACUUCUUCUCUGCAGUCCUGUAAAGACCUCGCGAGAAGUAGCCGAUUUAUCUCGUUUACCUUUCACAAACCGUGCACAAAUUCAAUCUCCUCGCAAUGACUAUUUGAAUCCUUCCCCACAAGAGAGCGAUACGUCCAUGAAAAGUCUCCUUUAUCAUGUCUCAACACCAUCUGCGCGCGCGGACUCUGUUAAUCCUCUCGAAUUUCCUGAAUCGCCGCCUCCUCGGAAUGCCUCUAUCCAAAAAAGUCCUCUAUCCUACCAAGAACCUUUGAGCCCAGAACCUCUCAAAAAAAGUAUAGAUGGUGGAUUUCUGCCGGUUGCCGCCUUCCUCCCGUCAUCUCCCUUAUCACCAAGCCACCCGCAGCAGUUGGGUUCAGAGAGAAAAACCCCUCGCGAGAUAUCCAGGCCUCCCUUAGAUGAAUUACCCUCGUCCUCCCCCCUGUUUUCGCCUGUAGCUCCUUCACGAUCAAUAUCUCCCAUCCGCCUGAAUCCUACGCCGCCACCACCACUGGAGGUGGGCCCGAUAAGCGAGGAAAAUGCCAUUGCUAUUGUUAAAGCCAAGCAAGGAUACUCUUUCCGAGCACGCAAGGCUGUUCAGAUCGCUCCGUACUCAGUUGACAAACUCACGUACAAACUUGCGUUAAAGGCAAAUCCAGAUGCAAUCGUCAAAGUCAGAAGUCCAGGUAAACAUCAUCAUCGACAUCCAGAUGAUCGUUAUGAAGGGGAAGGACUGGAGGAAACGCAAGAAGAUGGAUACGUGUACGACGCGGAGGAGGAUGAGGAUGCAGAUUGGGAAGCUAGAGAGAGGAGACGACGGAGGUUGAGUGAUAAAGACCAUUCUCACGACGUUCGCAGUCGCAGUCCAGGGCUUGCUGCAUCUGCUGUACAGUAUCCAGAAAUCUUGCAGGCUCUCUCUAGCUCAGACGAAGAUGAAAACCAAGAAACGUCCUUGCUAUUGAAGGAAGCGAAGAAGGUGGCUCGAAUGAAAGAGAAGGAACGGAAGGCAAAAGAAAGGGAGCAAGCGUCAAGAGAGAAGGAGCUUCGGAAGGCGAACAAACUGUCAACGAAACGUUUCCCCUUAAAGCGACCUGGAUCUGAACGCGACCACAGGCGUCCUCGAACCUCGGUUUCUUUAUCCUCUCCCCGUCUUGGAAAUGGAGGCGAACGUUCAGCUGGAGGGGAGAAUGCUACUGACGAAGCCAUGGAUACAAAUGGCAGUGAACCACAUUCAAAUGUGGACAGGGAUCGAGAGCACGCUCUUUUGGAAGACUUCGGGGGAGACGACGCAUUGGGCGUUGGCGGCGACGUAGACAUGUACGAUCAAGAUAACUUUGAGCCUCAAGUCGCUCAUCAAGAUCCCUUCAGUGAUGCUGAGGAAGUACUUCCCUUGAACGGUCCAGAUUCAGGUUAUGAGGACCUUCCAGCACGAACUCCUGAAUCCCUCUCAGACGGUGAGGAAAAGCGAACCAAUUUUUCUCCACAAGGUUCGGACGCCGAAUCUGACCAGCCAAUCAUACCCUUCGACUCCAAAGUAUUCAAGACUUUAACUAGGACGAUGCCCGUUUUCAUGGCAAAAAAGUACGUCAGUGGCAACGUUACGGCACCAAAACAAAAAGCACGACACUCCUCAAUAUCUGCAUCUGUCGACGACACCGAUGAGCCAUCUGGGCAACUACUUCCUGGCCAAUCUCGGACCCGCCGCAUGGCUAACCCUGCGGAUUUCAGGACUAUCAAGGGUGACUCUGAGAGCGAAAAUGAGCUCAGUGACAGAAGCGAGCCAUCUGAGACGCAAGGGGCUACACGACGACGACAAAGAUCCAUAAGUUUGAGCAGCACAAGCAGCCAUGGGUCCCGAGGUGGCGCGCCCCAUUCACGCCCGCGUUUACAAAAGCAGAGCAACAGUGUGGUUAUUGACAUCUCCGAUGAUGAUUCCUCGAGCAGCAGUGAAGACGAGGGUGUGGGUGACGUUGAUAUUCAAGCCUGUCUUGCGGACGACUCGAUCUUGCCAGCCAGGAGGGGUGACCAUCCAGGCUCGAAAUCGCAUGGGCGAAGCGAAUAUUAUUUGAUUGACUACAUGCUAUCGCAGGGAUUCAACACUGACAGGUUGACGAAAAAACGGGUGAAGUCAUCAUCCGCCACAGUUGGUGGACACGAAAACAAGUCCAGGCGCAAAUUCGACGUGGUAACUGGUGGUGUACGUCGUGAGCGACAAACUCUGUUGGACUUUAGUAAGACUACCGUUUCGAAAAGGAAGAAGAAGUCAUCUGACGGGAGGCGUCGUGACCGCGUUGAUGGUACAAGAUUUGACCAUGGUGGUUCAAAAGCUGCAAAGGAGCACUACUCAUCCGGCGUUGCUGACUCGUUCGACGAUGAAAACAGCAACAUGCACCAAAUCAGUGGCGAUUAUCACGACAACAAGAUGAGUUACAAAGAACGAGAAAAGCUCAGAAAAUCUCGUGCACGCAAACAAGGUGUCUAUGUUUUCGAUGGUGGAGCGACGCGAAUUGUGACCGGCCGAAGACGAGAGACAGCACAUAUUACUCUUGAUUUCGAAGAUGAAGAGUUUCAUCGAGUCGUGCAACCUGACUGGGAUGCAUCAUUCCCUCUAGAUAAGCCCGCUGCGAGGCCCCUUGCGGCAAAUUGUAGGGCGAAGAACUUGGGUAAUGACAACCAGGCACUCCCCAAGGUCAAAUUCGCACAGCGCAAUCUCCGAGCAGAUAUGGGUAUCAGGUUCCUGCAUUCUGGGAUAGCAUUCUGGCCCAGAACGUUCAUUAGAGUUGGUUAUCUUCACGAAUUAGUUUCUGUGAUCACAUUCUCGAUGGAACCUCCUCUACCUCCCAAAACUAUGCUGUGCGGAUUUGAAUUUGGCCCUGCGACAAACAUUCGGGAGUUUUGUUCUUUUCUUCCAAAUAUCUGCAGUGCGAUGUUGGAGUUCGAAACAAGUCUCCCAGACGAGGAUAGCAAGAUGCGGGAGAAGGAAUGGCAAAUAGUGAAACGCAACAUUUGCCAACUCGCUUCAUGGCUCUUAUCUUUCGCAACUCCCGACGACCGCAGGCCAUUGUGCAAAGUUGCAGAGGAACAGGUGAAGGCAUUGGUAUCAGCACUCGACGAAAUGCCUUUGGACGGGGUCUCUGCAAACAUUAGUAUCUUAUCAACAUGUUGGUUUGCUGUCGACUUUGCUUCGCGGUUCGCCAACUACCAUCCAGAUCGACCCGCUGGGCUUGCAACGGAGCCAGUGGAAAAAUCAGUGGCCGUCCUUAUCCGUUAUCUUAUGACUCUCAGUCUUACACAUACCAUCAACCCCGUCUUGCAGGAAACGAUCCACGAUGAUGAGUCUGUCGCGGCAUACGCAGCACAAUUAUGGGUCUCCCUGAUCCAUUUACUUUCGGGUUGGACUUCAGCAAGAAAUAAGGUCAACAUCCCCACUUUCUGGAAGGUAGUUUCCGACGUUCUGGAAGGGAAAAUCGCCAAGGUGACUAGACCGAUCGAAGCAAGUGAACAGAUUUGGGAGGUUGUGUUCAGUCUUUGCGCAUUAUCUCAAUUUUCCAUCCAUGGAAUGACGAAAGACACCGUUCAUCUUACGCCAUGUUGGGAGCUCAUCACAGUUGCUAUCGACAAGGUUCGGUUGGUCUUCACCAAUGCUGACGCCAAACUUCCUGAGAGGAUUCUGGAACAACGGGAUCAAUACGUCAAGGUUGUAUUGACCCGUUGCUUGCAUCUCCGAGAUUGCUGGCGGUGGAACUUUGCUGACGCUAUUCCCCUCUUGACCCAACUUGGAAAGAUCUUUAGCAGUCGAAUGUUUGGCAAUCUCCGCUGUGAAAGACAACCCAACUUUCCUGUAUUUGUGGUGGAAAAUAACCUAGAGCUUCUCUCAAAUUAUCAUCACAAGGACACCGCUUUCCUCGUGUUUUGGAAGCUCAUCGUUCAUGCCUAUAGGGACGAAAAAUUGGUCAAUAAUGGCAAGCUGUCUCCAAGGAUGAAAAAACUUCUAGGCAUUGCUGUGCCUGUCUCCGCAUGUCCGACGGUAGCCCCUCCAAACAGGCAAGACCUUUCCAUGCUAUACAACAGAAUGACUGCUGUCAUCAUUGCCUUGCAUCUCGAUCACACCCAGUGUGACGCUCAGAUUUCCCGAGCUCGAAAAUACGUCAACUUUUCCAAGGCGGAACCCGGCACACGGAAUGUAAUCAUGCGCGGAAUCAUGCUUUGGGCCUUCAUUAUAAUUAAAGACACACUUGAGAUCACAGGCCUGAUGGAAUGGGUUGGGGAGAUAGCCACGUGCUUAUCUGAAGAGCUCCGUAACGUCGCCUCAGCUUUGAGGGAGGAUCCCAGCCCGAGUGCCGAACGAGAUCAGCUAUGCAUGACCGUCAAAAUCCUGAUCCAUUGUGUGUACAAAAUCAUCGAUGCUCAAAAGUCGGCCGGUCUGCCUCCUGAUACUACAUGGCUUUUGAACCUGACACCUAUUUUUACUUCAUGGAUGGCUACGGGACACCAUAGGAAUUUUUACAAAGAGCUGUACAACCUGUCGCAUACUUUCUUGCUUGCCAGAGCAUCUGCCGUAAUUCCAUGGCGUUCUCGGCGGGUGGUGCAAGAGGUCGAUCCAGAAAGCCAAGACAUGUACGGGGAUGAUCUAGACGGCAUUGAUUGGGAUGGUUUAGAGGUUCCAGAUGCACUUGCAAGUAGCGCACCCACGAAUUCGACCACGGCUAGCGAUAACCUCAAAAACGUCAUUUACAACUCACGCAUAGAAUGGCUAUUCCACAGGCAAAUUUGUGCUCUUCUCAAGUUUUCAGAACCCGAAACCACAGAAUUCAACCUAUUAACAUGCAAAGGAUGGAUCUUUUGCUGGAUUGGAAUCAAAGCCAUUGGGAAUCAAGAUCAACAAGGUCGGAUGUAUAUAGAGGAAAUGUUCAAGAAGCUGGGUGAGGAUCAGCAGAUAAAGGACGACAACUGGCGGCGCGUUAUCUUGGUAGCUUUGAUGUUGUCAGUCCUACAACACCACCCAGAGACAUACUUGACCUACAAAGAUCGAGCUCUAGAAUAUCUUCUGUAUAGCUUGGUGUCGGUUUUUUCGGAGAUGGAGGGCGAAUAUGUUGCCUUGGUACUCUCCAUUGACGGUCUCAACCACACACUUCUUAAAGGACUCGACGCAUGUCUCCCAGCUCCCUCCUCGCCCUCGGCCGACUUCGAAAUCACGCCUGCUCAAUUUGGUGGAGUACGCCUGCCCCUCUUGAAAGGAAUCCUGAAAAAUUUAGGUUCCAGUCUUGAAACGCAAAGCUCUGGGGACGUUAUGUCGGAACCAGAAAACCAGAAAUACGUGGGUUUCUGCACAAGCAUGUUUUCGGCGAUGCGAAGUAUUCGUGCCAGUCUAGCCCCAGGAUCCUCAAAGCAUCAAACAUAUACCACCCUUUGUAGACAGACGUCCGACGCGUUGAGAGAGUUUACAGCACUUCGCAGGGAGCCACGACUUGUUUUCUGGACGUCUUGGGGUGCCUCACUGACUUGA